UCUGUUCUCCCCUUACCCCCAGCAGCAUGGCCGACAGCAAGGCCAAAGCCGCCAAGACCGCCAACAGGACGCCCCCCAAAUCUCCGGGGGACCCCUCGAGGGAGAAGUCAGCUGAGCGGCUCCCGCAGGAGCCAGAGGGCACCCCUGAGGGUGCGGCAGCGCAGGGGCUCAGCGCCCUGGAGGAGGCCUUCCGGAAGUUUGCGGUGCACGGGGACACGAGGGCCACAGGCCGGGAGAUGCACGGGAAGAACUGGUCCAAGCUGUGCCGGGACUGCCAGGUCAUCGAUGGCAAGAACGUCACCGUCACCGACGUGGACAUCGUCUUCAGCAAGAUCAAGGGCAAGUCCUGCCGGACCAUCACGUUCGAGCAGUUCCAGGAGGCGCUCCAGGAGCUGUCCAGGAAGCGGUUCAAAGACAAGAGCAGCGAGGAGGCCCUGCAGGAGGUGCACCGCCUUAUCGAGGGCAAGGCGCCCAUCAUCGCGGGGGUGACGAAGGCUGUCUCAUCUCCUACGGUGUCUCGGCUCACGGACACAUCCCGGUUCACGGGCUCCCACAAGGAGCGCUUCGACCCGUCUGGCAAAGGCCGCGGCAAGGCUGGCCGUGUGGACCUGCUGGAUGAGUCAGGCUAUGUGUCGGGCUACAAGCAUGCGGGCACCUACAACCAGAAGGUGCAGAGUGGCAAGUAGCACCUGCGUUGGGAGCUGCCGCCCCCCCGCCCCCACUUCGUGACAUUCCUGUGCUUGCUGGGUGGGUCAGCGGGGUGGGGGUGGGGUGGUGGUGGCCAGCACGCAGUUCCCACAGUGCUUGGCUCUCGGGGUCUCACCUCUUCCUACUAACCCCCUCUGCCCACGAUCAGCAGGCCAGCCCCUUCCAGCAGUCCCUGGGCUGGCUGGCAGUGGCGCUGGCCACCCUCUGACCCCUCCUGGAGCCUCCAGCUAACUCACUAACCAGGAGCUCAAAGAAAUGUCUGCCAACUGCUGGCUGGGCGGUGGCUUCCCAACUGGGGUGGCCUGGGCCCUCACAGUUCCCUGGCUGAGCCGGAUCAGGGGUGGGGUGUCGUGAGGGCUUGCUGGGGAGGGACCUCAGGUCCCCAGCGGGACCAAGGUCCACGCCUCCCACUGCUUGCAGUGUAGCCACCACCUGGAGUACCCGUCAGUGGGGCAUGCAGCCAGCAGCCCCGAGCCUGCACUCUUGACAGCGUGGGUGGUGGGGUGGUGAGCACAUGACCUCCCCGGAAGUGGCUGUGGAGGGGUACCACUCCCACUGUCUUGCCAGCCCCAGCAACACAGCAGUCCUGAGGCCAGAGCCCCAGCCACCAAGGCUAGCCUGGAGGAGGCAAAACUCAGUGCGGGAAGAGGGAGGAAGGCGAGCCUGGUGCCAGCCUGGUGGUCCCCAUGUGGCCCAGCCCCCCCCACCGCGGCCCGGGCCUUGGAAGCACCAGUGCCAUUGUCCAGGGCUCAUGUGACAAGCUGCGUGGAGAACCUCACUUCUCUCGAAGACUGGGGGUGCCCCCACUGCAGGCCGUCUCCAUGUCUGAGAGGGAAGGUCGAUUAUGUGGGGACCCUGCCCACCCUGCUCUUCCGCCCAAGCAGCACCCAGUCUUAAUGUCCUGUGUCCAGCCAUCCUGCAUCCUUAGGCCCUCAGUCCUGAGCCCAGCACUGCCCUGCCUCGGGGCAGUCACCUAUCUGCACACAGCGCACUGUCCCAGUGUGGCAAAACCAGUGUCAUCUUUGUGGUUUAUCGACCCCUUCCCCUACCCCCGUCAGCUUCCACUCCCCACAGCUAGGCAGAAGACAGCAUCCACCUGUCUACCUGGGGACAGACCUGUGCCCUCCCCCCACUCGGCCACUCAGGGAUCAGUGACUCGUGGGCAGUGUGGGAAGCACAGUUCAUGGCCAGAUGUUCCUGUGAGAGCAGGAGACUGGACUUGGCAGAUAACUCUGCUGCCCUCCAACCCUGAUCUGGCACCACACCAGCCUCUUGCCAGAGCCCCCCACCCUGUCUUCUGUGCCUGACCUCCCACCCUUGACCUAGCCCAUCCAGAUUGCCGGAAAGGGGUGGGCUUCCGCACAGGGGUAGAGGCACCCCCACCUAGCCCAGUCCCAAUGGGCCCCACCUCCAACUCAGAUCCCCCAAUGGACCCAGGAGGCUCCCCCACACCUCCAACUCAGAACCCCACACCAUGGGCCCAGGAAGCCUGCCCCCCAGGGUCUGCAGAUCAUCUGGCCUGCUGUCGGCCAGGUGGACCGAAGUGAGGAGCCCAGGGAGAUGGGGGCACCUGCUGGCUGGCUGUCCAUCUCUCCAGGAAAGCUUGUCCUCGUGUCCCCGCCUCAACGCAUCACUGCCAGCACAGCGCGGGCGUGGUUUGGCCGAGCCACGCCUGCACGCCACCUGCCACCCACACUGGAGUCCGCCCACCCGCCGCCACCGCAGCUGGUGGGGGCCUGCUUCACUAACCCCCCACCCCCACCCCCAAGCUCCUUACAGACCAGCCAGACAAGGCCGCCGGCCCACUUAAUGAAACUUGAAAGGGACCCCGUGCCACUAGCCGGCUGCGUUUCUCAGGAAGGGAACAGAGAUGCAAUCUAUUUUUGCGCUGUUAGUCGUGAUGGCGCGCUCGCGUGUCGCUGCGCCCGCUCGUGGCCAGUCCGGUCGCUGUUGGCACGGACUCAGAAGGCGUGCGUGCCGCCGUGCAUGGCCACAGCCGUCACUGCCAGCCCGUGUCUGCGUCCAACCGCCCGUGUCCGCCGUGGUUAACGUCGUGUCCAGUUGGUAGAGACAAAUAAAGGUGUUAUAAUGUG